AUGGAGGAUGACCUCCUUUCCAGCGUUGUGAAGCAGCAGCAGCGCAGCGCUCAGUCCGACGCCUUCCGUGACGCUGAGACUGGCAUGCUGUUCACCUCCGACAUCACCUCCAGGGGUUUGGACUAUCCGGGCGUCACGGCGGUGAUUCAGCUGGGCGCUCCGGAGAGUCGUGACGACUACGUGCACCGCGUUGGGCGCACGGGACGGGCGGACUCUGAAGGCUUGGGAAUACUUCUCUUGCAUGACUUUGAAGCUGACUGGCUUGUAAAUUUAGAGGGCCUUCCGCUGACCGAAGCGGAGCUGGACGCCGUGGAAAGUGCCAUGCGCUUCGAAGAGUUGUCGAUGCCAGAGAAUGUGAAGGCGCAAGCAUAUUACUCGCGGAUCAACCAUGCCAUGAGACAUCCUGAAGAUUUGGAUGUUUUGGAGGUCUUCCGCGAUGCCUUCCGCUUCGCCCGCAGUAUCGGUGCGCUCGACGCUUCGUCGAAGCCACCGGCCCUGACGGAAGCCAACGCCCAAAGGUAUGGCGUUGCAGAGAUCUCUGAUCCCGCCGUUCACAUCGUCAAAGCAUCGGAGAAACCCAAAGUGACCAUCUCCUAUGAGAUCAUGUCUGCGGCCGAAGUGCAUCAUGCAACUGGUUUUCUGUUGGAAAAAACGUGCAAGGACCAUUCCAAAGUGGUGAUACACUUCGUGAGCGGCGACCUAGCAAAGUACUACGCCGAGCCGUUCCGGGGAAAAAUUGAGGUGCCGAGCUGUGCCAGAUCAGAUGGCCAGCUGUUGUUGUUGAGCGGACCCGAUGCAGCUGCCACUUUCGUACGCUUUGCCAAUUCCCUUAGGAGUUUCUUCGAAAGAAAAAAGUGA